AUGAUUGCACACCCCGUGCCCGGCGCUGCCGCGCAGCCCGAGCGGGUGAAUCCACUUCCGGCGCGCAAACUAGGUGGUCGUUACAAGCUAUCUGACUUUACCUUUUUGCGCACGCUUGGCACUGGCUCCUUUGGCCGUGUGCAUUUGGUCCGCUCGCAGCACAACCAGCGGUUUUACGCGGUGAAGGUGCUGCGCAAAGCACAUGUUGUCAAGAUGAAGCAGGUGGAGCACGCAAACAACGAGCACCAUGUUUUGUCGAUUGUACGGCAUCCAUUCUUAGUGAAUUUGUGGGGCACUUUUCAGGACCCGACCUUUUUGUACCUCGUCAUGGACUUUGUCCCGGGCGGCGAGCUGUUUACGCUCCUGCGUCAGUCGCGGCGCUUUCCUCAACAGGUGGCCAAGUUUUACAUCUCUGAGGUCGCGCUCGCGAUCGACUUUUUGCACAAGCAUGAUAUCAUAUACCGCGACUUGAAACCUGAAAAUAUCCUGCUUGGCGUCGACGGCCACCUAAAACUCAUCGAUUUUGGAUUCGCCAAGGAUAUUGCUGGGUCCAAUGGCAUGUGCUGGACGCUGUGUGGCACGCCAGACUACCUCGCACCCGAAGUGAUCCGUGCUCAGGGCUACAAUGCCAGCGUCGAUUGGUGGUCGCUCGGCGUCCUCUUGUUCGAAAUGCUUGCUGGCUAUCCACCAUUCUAUACCGAGGACGGCAACCCCAUUAAGCUUUACGAAAAGAUCCUUGCAGGGAACAUCCACUACCCUUCUUUCUUUGAGGCGGGUGUUAAGGACUUGCUCAGCUCGCUGCUCACCGCCGAUCUCUCAAAGCGCUAUGGGAAUUUGCUGCGCGGCUCGCGCGAUAUCUUUGCCCACAUGUGGUUCGCCGAGAUCGAUUGGGAGUGUCUGUACCGCAAAGAAAUUCCCGCACCGUACAUCCCCAACAUCACUGUCGAUGGCGACGCGAGCCAGUUUGAAAAGUAUCCCGAGAUCGACGUGGCGGAAUAUGCACGGACGGACCUGCCCGACGAAUUCCCCAACAUGUUUCCCGAGUUUUAA